GGGCGUUCCGGCCGGUGGGAGGCUCAUUCAUUCGCCCCAGCGCGGGGGCGGCAGGAAGCGCGUGCGGCGGAGGGGAAGUGGCUGGGCCAAGGUCAGGCACCGCGUGUCCCGCGAGGCAGGGCGAGGAAGGUGGCCGGGCCCGAUGGCCACCUCAGAGCCUCUUGGGCGUCGAACCGCGCUCCCGUACCCCCGCCCCAGUCUUGGCCACAAAGGGGGACGCCCCAGUUUGUAGAGAUGAGUGCCUCUCGGGCCCACGGGGCCAGGCAAGCUGGGGAUAGCGUGAUCAGACGGAAAAGUGAGCCACGGCGAGUGUGGACAGAGGCUCUUCUAGUUCCGGCCCAGUGCUGGGCACCACGGACGAGGAGAAGAACAAGAGUCCGGAGGGGGCGGGCCCUGAGGCUCCUGGAGGCAUCCGUGCCCCUCCCCUUUCCCGUGCCCAUCCAGGUGGUCGAGGGAGCCAGGGAAGACACUCCUGCCAGCCAGUCCAGAGAGGCAGUCAGCGUUUUAGGAAGGGACUGAGUUGGUUUGUGUUUUCCAUGUGGUUCUUGGUGCCGGGUCCUGCGUUGGGCUGUCCUGAGGAUCCCACUGGGUGUUGGGUUGGGCCUCCCCCGAGGGAGGCAGUUGCUCUUGAUCCGGGCUUAUCUCCUCUGUAAGACUGUAAGCCUCUUGGGUUAAAGGCAGCUGGCGUUCACCUACCUGCCUCUGCUGCGGUCCUUCUGGUCCUGCCUCAGCCCCAGAGAACAUUCAGAUCAGCUUCCUCCUGUGUUAGCCGUCUUAGCCCUUUUCCUUCUGGAAGCCUUCCAGAUCUAACCCCUGCCCAGAGCUGGAGAACAGGAAGGGUUUAUCGUGGUGCUGGACCCAGGAGCGGCCUGCAGUGUGUUAGUUCAGAGCUCUGGGGUCAGACAGACCUGGGUUCCACUCCCAGCUCCACCAUUUCAUCCCCUUUGUGACUUCAUAGGACUAGUAACUUCUCAGUUUCUGCUCAAAUAGAGCAGGGUUGGUAAUAAUAGUAUUGACCUUGGUAGGAACGGAGCCAGAGCAGAUCUCAGGAAAGGGUGUUAAGUGUGCAGAAAGGCUUCUGGGCCUUCCUGGGCUCCGUCUCUUCCAGCCGCGUGACCUUGGACCUGCCACUUCCCCUUUCCCAGGCUCUUUUUCCUCCUCAGUCCCCCAAGGUGGAGCGCACAGCCGACCAUCCCCUGGAUAAGGCCAGUCCAUCAAGGCCGCCGCACACGGCCGGGCCUGGCGAGGUGCUCUGCUGUGAGGUGGGAAAGUAUCACUUGGCCCAGGUUUCCUGAAGCUCUGCUGGGCCGCGCUUCUUGUCCUGGAGCAGCCCAGAGAGAUGUGCUCGGAAGGCCCCCAGGGGAUGUUUGCCAGGACAGCCCUGGGAGCCUGGGGCCCGGAGGGUGUGCCUUCUGGCCAGGAAGGAUGUCAGGGGAGUCUUGAAGGACAGAAGGGACUUGGCCAAGAGGACCCUGGGACUCAGGGGAGCGCUGGGCAGGCAGUUCAUGGCCUCUAGCAACUGCCUGGCUGUCCCCUGCUGUUUGGUGGUCACUGAUGGGCACCGGUGCUCAGACGUGGCUCCCAGCCCCCUAGACCCCACUGUUCGUCCUUUGGUGCUGCCUGAGGUCUCCUGCCUGCCUGCCAGGGCACGUGCCAGGCACUGCCCCUGGGAGUCAGCGGUGGCCCUGGCCUCCUGGUGGAGACACACUGCAGAUCUGACCCUCUUGCUGAGCACUUGGCAGGCGUCUGGCCCUGUGCCUGGUACUCACUGUCCUAAGCCCUUGGAUGCUCUGGCGUGGAGGUGGUCACCCCCGUCCUAGGGGGUGGGUCGGAGCCCGAGGCCCCACAGCAGCUCAGGAGCUCGGACCUGUGUGAUUCCAGACCCCGGGCCUUUACCGUGGUGCUCUCACCUCUGUGGACUCAUUUCUUUGGGCCUCGGGGAGACAGGCUGUUUUGAAGGUCUCUUAGGUGGGGGACUCUGGGCCCUGCCUCCAGUGGGGCAUGCUGUUGCGAAGAUUUAUAUAUGUGGGGGGCUGGCUCAGGGAACUCUGAGGCCCAGCCUCUCAUUUCAGGUGUCACUUUCCCAAGUGGCGGGGACAUGGGUGGCGAGUGCUGAGAUCCAGGUGUCGGGAGUCCUCCCUGACUCAUGAGGCUGGUGUGGGAGUUGGGGUUGUCCCGCUCUGGUAGCCAGGGGUGGGGAGGGCCCGGGGCUGCUCCCCCCGGCCGGCUGCCUAGGCCCAGAGUCCUGAACCCGCCUUGGUGGGGUUUCCCCAGCUCUGUCUGCCUGGCCUUUGGGUGCACAGAACACUGGCUGCUCUCACGCCGAGUGGGGAGUCCUGUGUGGCUGGCCUCACGGAGAUGCAGCAGACGUGGCCCCAGCCUCGAAGCUCAGAGUCGGGCAGGUCAGAAAGCCAAGGAUCCUGGGGCUCUGUGGGCGCGGUCUGCUGGGAGCUCGACCCUGCCUGCCGGGUGGGGUGGGGUGUGGGGGAGUCUGGUGGGGUGUCGGGGAGGCCACAGGGGCGAGUGAGCCGGGGAGGUCCUGUGACAGUGGAAACAGAGGGAGCAGGUACCCGCGUCCUCCGUGGGAGGGAGGACAUGCCUGGGAGUCUGCCCACCCAUCUGGUCUUGGCACUUCUGCUUUGUGACGUUGGCUGAGCCACUGCACUUGUCUCAACGCGGCUUCAGGUCUUGGGCAGCGAUUACUAGGCAGUACUAGGCGCCUGGCUCCUCACUGAGCUCGUUGCAUUUACCUCAUUGAUUCUUGAGGUCGGGCCUUCAGAGAUGAGGAGGCCUGGGUGAGCACCUGCCCAGGCUGUGUGGGGGGCGGGGGGGGGGGUGGCAGAGGGACCGAUUCUGACCUGGCAGCCAGCCCUCCCCGUCCAGGGGGGCUGGGGGAUCGGGAUUACGGACCUGCUACCCCCUGUGCCUAGUCUGUGAUGUGUAGGCUGUGCUGGACUGUGAGUUGGUCUCAUUUGCUGAGCUGAGGUGAGGUGAAAACCCGGGAGGGCUUCCUUGGGGAGGGAGGUGCCGUUUUCCUGGGCUUUGGCAGUGGGGCUGCAGGCAGCAGGUGAGCCAGGUGGAAGGCACCGCUGUGCAGAUGCCAGGGCGGGAGAGUCUGUGCCCACCAGUAGGUGCAACUCUUUUUUUUUUUUUUUCCCUGUCCUGAAGAGUGUUUUUGUUUGUUUAAACAAUUUUUAGUCACUCUGCAACAUUCAAAAAUGGUCACAAACGUUUCUGAAUAUCUAGAAGUGCUGGCUGGUGGCAGGUGGCCAGUGUGGGGCGGUGGCGGCAGGCCCACCUGCAGGUCCGGGUUCCAGGGGUUGUGGAAGUUCUCUCUUUGGAUGGGGAGUCGCGACUGGGGCUGUGGGUGUCUGUCCUGAGCUCACUCUUUUUCCUGGUGAGCCUGGCCCCUGCUGGGCCCCUGGGGAGGGGGGACUUCAGAGGAUGGGAAGCAGGGGUGGUUGGUGCCCAGCCUGAGAGCGUGGGGACCCCGAGGGGGCCAUCGGGAAGAUAGAGCAGUGAAAUAGACUUUCCUUGAGGGGGGCCUAAGCAGAGAAGAGGGAGGGAGACAGAGGCAGGAGGGGCCUUGCUCAGCCCUGUCCCGGCAGCCUUGGGGAUCCUGCAAGGGAAGAGCCGCCUACCCGGCUGACCCCAGGCAAGAAGAAAACACCUGCGCAUCCAGUCCUUGGAAAGUUGUCCCAAGCAACCCCGCCGUACCCGCAAAGGAGGCACAGGAUCCCGAUGGCGUCGCAGAGACAUCCCCCCAGGGACCCGGACAUGGAGCUGCGGGAAGAGGCCUGGUCUCCGGGGCCACUGGACUCUGAGGACCAGCAGAUGGCCAGUCACGAGAACCCAGUGGACAUCCUCAUCAUGGAUGACGACGACGUCCCCAGCUGGCCCCCGACCAAGCUGUCCCCGCCCCAGUCGGCGCCCCCGGCCGGCCCCCCGCCCCGGCCCCGGCCGCCCGCCCCCUACAUCUGCAACGAGUGCGGCAAGAGCUUCAGCCACUGGUCCAAGCUGACGCGGCACCAGCGCACGCACACGGGCGAGCGGCCCAACGCCUGCAGCGACUGCGGCAAGACCUUCUCGCAGAGCUCUCACCUGGUGCAGCACCGGCGCAUCCACACGGGCGAGAAGCCCUACGCCUGCUCCGAGUGCGGCAAGCGUUUCAGCUGGAGCUCCAACCUCAUGCAGCACCAGCGCAUCCACACGGGCGAGAAGCCUUACGCCUGCCCCGACUGCGGCCGCAGCUUCACGCAGAGCAAAAGCCUAGCCAAGCACCGGCGCUCGCACAGCGGCCUCAAGCCCUUCGUGUGCCCGCGCUGCGGCCGCGGCUUCAGCCAGCCCAAGAGCCUGGCGCGCCACCUGCGGCUGCACCCGGAGCUGUCGGGGCCCGGCGUGGCGGCCAAGGUGCUGGCGGCCAGCGUGCGCCGGGCCAAGGCCCCGGAGGAGGCGGCGGCGGCGGACGGCGAGAUCGCCAUUCCGGUGGGCGACGGCGAGGGCAUCAUCGUGGUGGGCGCGCCGGGCGAGGGGGCCGCGGCGGCCGCAGCCAUGGCGGGCACGGGGGCCAAGGCGCCGGGACCCCGCUCGCGGCGCGCCCCGGCCCCCAAGCCGUACGUGUGCGUGGAGUGCGGGAAGGGCUUCGGGCACGGGGCCGGGCUCCUGGCCCACCAGCGCGCCCAGCACGGGGACGGGCUCGGGGCGGCGGGGGCCGAGGAGCCCGCGCACAUCUGCGUGGAGUGCGGCGAGGGCUUCGUGCAGGGCGCGGCGCUGCGGAGACACAAGAAGGUCCACGCCGUGGGCGCGCCCUCGGUCUGCAGCCGCUGCGGACAGAGCUACUACCGGGCGGGCGGGGAGGACAAGGAGGACGACGACGAGGCGGCCGGCGGGCGGUGCAGCGAGUGCCGCGGCGGGGAGGGCCGGUAGGGGCGGGGGCCCGGGGGGGCAGGGCCCCUCGGGCGUGGCGGGGACGAUGGCGCAGGACCCAGAGACCCGGGGAGAAGCGGACAGAGGGCAGCCGCGGACCGGCGGCGCGCCCGUCUCCCCUCCCGCGGCCCUUGCGUUCUCAGAGGUGCAGCAGGCCUGGGGCGGGGCGCCGAGGACACCCCCUCGCCGCCCGGCCCCUCCCCGCGCCCGGCCCUCCGGCCUGGCCUGCCGUUCGUAGGUUCUCGGCCGAA